AUGGCGACGAACGGAUCUCGAGAUGCGCCAGACGUGGUCGCACUUCGCAAGCAUCUCGUCUUCUACCCGGACUACCCCAAAUCGGGGGUCAACUUCUGCGACAUUCUUCCCAUCCUGCGCAAUCCGAUCGCAUUCGAAGGUCUUAUCACCCAUCUGCUCUCGCACGUGUUUGGCGUGACGCUGCCCAGGCUGGGAGAUGGAGCAAAGAUCGAUGCUGUGGUAGGGCUGGACGCUAGAGGAUUUUUGCUGGGACCUAUACUUGCACUGCGCCUCGGAGCUGCCUUUGUUCCCGUCAGGAAACAGGGCAAACUUCCUGGAACAUGCGAACAGGCAGUGUAUGCCAAAGAGUACGGAGAGGACAUUUUUGAGGCGCAAGCAGGCUCGGUGCCAGCAGGAGCCAACGUGCUCGUGGUGGAUGACUUGAUCGCGACAGGCGGCUCCGCGAAAGCUGCAGGACAGCUCGUCACAAAGCUUGGCGCAAAGGUGGUCGAGUACCUCUUCAUCGUCGAGAUUCCUUUCUUGAAAGGUGCAGAGAAAUUAGAUGCUCCGGCCUAUUCGUGA